AGGAGUAACUUAUUAACGAGCCUGCAGGCCCCCCUCCCUCCCUCCCCCCACUCUGGAAACAGACAGCACGCAGGUAUGCUGCUGUUAUUGUUGCUCACCACGGAAGAAGUUUCACAUGUAGGCGUCUUUCCAGUCAAGUUACCGUAAAGCCACUCAAUAACUGGAGCUGUAACCUACGACAGUAUCCUGUUUUGACGCCAUAUAUCCUGGGAUAGACAGCCUGUAGCGACAACACCAGAAGAGACCAGUCUUCCUGGGACAGUUGUCAGAAACAGCACGGCUAACUGAAGCUGCUACCCAGUAUGUCAGGGAUUACAGCCAGUACAGCAAACCACCUGUGGUCUAUACAAGAUGUCCUUGGUCAAGGGGCUACAGCCAGUGUCUACAAAGCACGCAACAAGAGAUCAGGGGAACUUGUCGCUGUCAAGGUUUUUAAUACGAUGAGCUACAACCGUCCCCAUGAGGUCCAGAUGAGAGAGUUUGAGAUGCUGAGAAAGCUGAACCAUAGCAAUAUCGUCAGGCUUUUUGCUGUGGAAGAGAUGCCCUCCAAAAAUAAAGUGCUGGUGAUGGAGUAUUGUUCAGGAGGAAGUCUGCUCAGUCUACUGGAGGAGCCAGAAAACGCCUUUGGCCUGCCUGAAACAGAGUUUCUGACAGUUUUACAGUGUGUUGUUCAAGGUAUGAACCACCUGAGAGAAAAUGGAGUGGUACACCGGGACAUAAAACCAGGAAACAUCAUGCGGCAGGUUGGCGAGGAUGGCAAGUCUGUUUAUAAGCUGACUGACUUUGGAGCAGCGAGAGAGCUGGAAGAUGAUGAGAAAUUUGUGUCUAUCUAUGGAACUGAAGAGUAUCUGCAUCCAGACAUGUAUGAACGUGCCGUGUUGCGCAAGCCUCAUCAGAAAUCUUAUGGAGUGAGUGUCGACCUGUGGAGUAUCGGUGUUACAUUUUACCAUGCUGCUACUGGGAGUCUACCCUUCAUACCGUAUGGAGGGCCACGGAGAAACAAGCCCACCAUGUUCAAAAUAACUACAGAGAAGCCUAUGGGAGCCAUAGCUGGAAUGCAGCGUGUGGCAGAUGGACCUAUAGAGUGGAGCUACAACCUACCUCACAGCUGCCAACUCUCACAAGGUCUGACAGUGCAGGUGGUGCCAGUACUGGCAGGCAUACUGGAGGCUGAUCAGGACAGGUGCUGGGGUUUUGAUCAGUUCUUUACAGCGACCACAGACAUCCUGCAGCGACAGCCGGUUCACCUCUUCUCUUUGCAGCAGGCCCAGGCACAUUGCAUCUACAUACACCACUACAGCACGGUGUCUGUAUUCUUUGAGGAGGUGGCCUCUCAGACUGGUAUCGGAGUUCAGAUGCAGCAUCUGCUCUACCUGGGUCACGACCUCCCUCUGGAAGGCAAUAUGAAGGUGGUCAACCUCCCGAGUACUUCACGAGCCCAGCCUCUGAUUCUGCUCAGCUUUGGGCCUGAAGCAAACCCCAGUCUGCCCUUCAGAGAACCAGAGACUCCAGUCAUCCCAUCCAAGUUUGAUGUUGUGGCAGACUACAACUUCUCCAAGGUAAUAGUGGGAAUAGUUCACCAGUACCUCAGGAUUGUACAGCUUCUGCAUUCACACCGAGAUCUGCUACUACAGGGAUACUACAGCUACAUGAUGAGGUUACGCAGGGAGUGUGGAGAAGCGAUGAACAGUAUUGCGAUGAUUACCGUUAGACUGCAGUCUUGCCUCAACAUGGAGCACAGGCUUCACACACUAGGUCAUCACACUUCAGAAAACCAAGGGUCAGGUGAUGGCAAUCAAAGGCUUCAGAUGGUUCACCAGCAUCUUCCUAUAUACACCACCGGCAUCCAGGAGUUUCAGUACCGACUCGACCAUCUGCAUAUAGAGCAUGCUAAACUGGCAGAGACACUGGCCAGUGACAAGAGCUGCCAAAAGAUGGAGAUGCUGCUGCAGAAAAUAACAGCAAUCCAUCAGCACUAUCGUAAAGACAGAAUAAGUGGCAAGCUGGCAUAUAAUGAUGAGCAAAUCCACAAGUUUGAGAAAAUCCACCUGUCAUCCCACAUUAAGAGAGUGAAAUCUCUCUUUAGAGAGGACUGUGUGCAGAGAUACAAAGAGCUUCUCGCCUCUACCAGGACGUGGAGCAGUGUUCUACUUGAGAUGCAGACUCGGCUGCAGGACUUUAGCUCUUUUUCCACGGGCUUGUUGGCGGACCUAGAGAUGAGCAAUCUGCGCCAAAAUAAGGCCCUGGACAGAAUUUUGUCCAGUCUGCAGUCUAGCAGAACUUCACAACAGCCUGGAGUCUCAGCCAGAGACAAAGACCAGAUGGUCUCCAGGAUGCACCAUCUGAAGGAGGAAAUGGAGAUUUUGGUGCGGGAACUACAGGUUAACAACAGUGUAAUUGAGAGUUUGGGAGCAGUGAACUCUACAGCAGCUUUGGAUCCAAGCUUGGCCAGACCAUCUACGCUGUGACAAAAGUGCAGCAUCAUGACAUUAUAAACAGAGCUGUCAGCAUUGAUCUUGCUGCGGUUAAGGGCCAAAUUAGUGCUUUUGAAUUUUUAAAACACCCUUUUGAACACACCAUAGUUAAGCUACCAUAGUUGAGCAGCAGCUGGAUACUACUCACUGUAGUGUCUUCCUGCUCUCACAGUAAUGUAAAAUCAGGGCUUUGCUGGGCCUUUAAAUGUCACAAAAUGUCAUUUAUUCUGUGGUUAAAUUUAUGCCACCAGCAGUUCCUCAUUUUCUUUCUGUAUAAAAGAGAGAUUUUAUUCAAACAGGAAGUUAAGCACCCUUAGCUUAAGACAGUAGUUGCUAAGUAGAGUAUAAUAAAGAACAGGUUCUUGUGAAAAUUUCCCAUAGCUCAAUUGUUAACCUAAACAGGAUUUUUUACAUAGAGGAAGCAACAACUGGGACUCCUAAAAGAAAUGUCAAUGCUGCUACUAAAGGCUGACUCAGACUACAAAAUUGUUUUGGUCUUUCACAGCGGCAUCAUGUCAGACUAUGCAAUGACAAGAAGAAACACAAGAAACAGUUAUGGACUCUCCCCAAUGUAGUUGAGGAGGACAACAUGGAAUGGCUUCCUUUUAACAGAACUUGAGAUAUGAAUGAGAUAACAUGCCAAGAAAAUGUGUCCAGUUAACUUCCCCAAUACACUCCAGCUUCACUGUAUGUAUACAUAAAUCCCAGACAUAAAUGACGAUGCAAAGAUAAGGAGCAAAUGCUCUCCUCUUGUUAGGUGUUGACUACGAGUCAGGAUGUGAAACUAAAGAAUGACGCAAGAACAAUUUUAACAUGCUAGUCCUGUUGAAUCGUGCUCUGGGGUGUCUCUGACAUGUUGUCAAUUAUGCCCCACAACAAGCACACAAUAUAAGCAUUUUUUGUUCUCAAUGCUUAUAAUGGGGAUUGACAUUUAAUGAUGAGCUGCAAUGAUGCAAUUGGGCCAAAGUCUGGCUUAAUUUGCAUAGUCUUAGGGGAUCAUUGAACAUCAGUGAUUCAUUUUGUACAUGCACUGCUGUAUAGCUCUUUUUAGUGUUAAACACUGUAGUUCACAAGUUGGGUUUCCAUCCACCAGUUUUAAUGCCAAUUUUCAAUUGGUACACUAAAAACCUGGGAGGAAAAAUGUUGCAAUUAAAAAAAAAGUCUCAAAAUAUUUCUUAAAAGUUUUAUAUAUUUGGAAGAAUUUGAAAUGUUAGCAUAUCGAUAAAAGGAAAAACGUUUUUGCAUCAUAAACAAUGAAUAUGGAUAAAUUAAUAAUGAUGAACUCUCUCUGUCAUUUUAGGAUUAACAUGAACAAGCAAGAAUCCAGGGCUCUUAAUAGAACCUUUGCAAGAGCGUUGUAGGCUUAGAAAAGAUUACUUUAAACUGUCCAUCUCUGCAGAUAGAUCAUUUUUUAUUUAUUUUUCCAGAAUGCAUGUAGGCCUCGUCUUCUACAGUUUUUUUUUCUUUUUAACUUUUUCUACAGUAUUUUUCUACCUUUUGCCUUUUUUAGAUAGGACAGCUAAAGAGAGACAAGAGGUAUGGGGAAGGGAGUGUGGGAAGACAUGCAUAGAACUCAGUCCUGUGACCAGUACAUUGAGGACUUUUGCCUGCUGAGCCACACCUGUGCCCCACCUGUCAAUUCCUAAUACUAGUAUCAAUAAUAGUAAUGGCUUAGUAAUAAUAGUGGAUUGAAACAGGCAAUUUUUAUUUAUUUUUUCCUUUCUUGCAAAAUUUCUUAAAAUUCUGUAAAAUUUUACAAAGCAUUUAGAUGGAAACCCCACUACUUUGAAGCUCUCUCAUUCCUUUAAGUGAUGGUUUCAGACCACACUUGUGGAGCAGCGCUGACUAAUUUGAAUAACAAAUCUAUAAGUCUGAAAUGUAAAAUGCAAUUCUUUGCAUUCAUUUCAUUCCCAACUCAAGACACCGCUAAGGAUUAUUUAAAAUUAUUGAUAUGGACAAGAAAUUAGUGCUUUAAAAUACAAAAUAGUUUGAACAUAUGAUUGACAACAUAAUUAAUUGUGAUUAACUAUUGAAAUUCACUGAUUUAUCAAGGUUUUUAAAUUGUUUGACAGACCUCAUUUUAACAGGUGGAUGUAAGUUUAUCUGACAAGCCUUUAACCAUCCAUCAGGAACACUUAAGGACAUUGUGGAUCCUCUUGGACCUGCUGCAGCCAGCGCUGCAUGAGGAGGAAGCGACCAAGGACAAUCAAUUAAAUGUGAAUCUUAAUUUAGACAUGGCUGCACAGGACUUAGGAGCAGGAAAUGCUACUAAUGGAUUUUUAUCCAGUGCAUGUUUGUGCAGCGACAAAGCAGAGCAGUUCAAUAUAAACCACAUUAAUGCUUUAAGUGUUCUUGUUUUUCUAAUAGGCUGCAGCAGUGAUGGACUGUCAGGAUAAAUGCCAAGUCAGCUGCUGUGUUUAUCUGAGGCUGUGUUUCUUCUUCAUCUGAAAGACGGGAAAAAAGCACUGUUAAGCUGGGCGAACUUUUAAAUGAUUAAUUUAACAAGGCUUGAUGGCAUAUUUGUGUUUGUACAUCUGUCUGAGGAAGUUUAAGAGUCACCUGCUGUCUUUUUGAUCAUGGAUGAUUUGAUGUGACUUCAUAUCUAAGUUGACUUGAAGUUUAUCACUGUAAAUAAUUAUUGAUUGAAUCAUUGAUUGCAGUUUGAUGUCUUUUUUUCUGCCAAUGUUUAACUCUCAUGACAAGUAAUUUCUUUGUUUUUUAUCAUAGGUUCCUCUGUAAGAAAGAGGUGACAAGCUCAGGGAAAGUCAGCAGCUGCUACAAUGUCUCAUUUUGAACAAAACAAUAUCUCAGUUCAGUGAAAGUAAGGCAAAUGAACAGCAUGAGAUGACACUUGCUUGUUUGGUUUAGAGUGGGGAAUCCCAUGGGUUUUUUUAUUUGUAUACAAGGGGAACACAGGUGAUGGGUGAAGUUAAAAAAGAAUGUUUAGUGUGGUUUGAAUCUGUGUUUUCUUCUGGCCAUUUCCUAGAUUUCUUUCAAGAUCUCAGUUUCUGCCUUAAGAAAUGAUAUUAUCGUUGCUGAAGAAUUAUAUAAUAGCAAAUCCUUGAAAGUGAAAGUAAAAGCCAUUUAAUGUCCUCUUUUCUACCUUUACAGCACAACCCCUGACAAGACCAAACACAUUCCUAAAAGUGAAAAACUUCAUGCAUGACUUGUAUGUCAACAGCAAACUCAAAGCAUUAUUCAAAUCACUUUAACAUUAAACUUGUGUGGGUGUGUUUGGGAACUUGAAAGGUUUCAAACAGCUCUUGAAAAGAACUGAGCUGAUGUGACUGAACAAAGUACAGAAGUGAAAUUUUCGCACUCAGACUGUAGGAGGGGUGUUGGUGUUCUCGGGGGCUUUCUUGGUUCAGUUUGGUGACGAAUUCAGCUGCUUCAGUGGUUUUUGUCGAUCAUAUGACGUGCUGUUAGCGAAUUGGAAAAUCUGUUGGUGGCCUACUCAAACCAGUGUGAAAUGUUUUAGUCCCAUGGUCUUUCUAAAUACAUUACUUAAGUACAGCCUACAUGUCCAUUUCACAGGUUUAGGUUUUCAGUAAUUAAAUUUACUACAACAAAAGUACUUACAUUGCAGCUCUACCCAGCUCACAAACAAAAGAGCAACAAAGAUGUGUAGCUAAUGGAUGGGGCCGAGCAAUGUGUUGAUAACAUUUGUGUUAUUUCGUCUGCAGGUUUAGUUAGUAUUUAAACGAUAGCUCAAGUAAAAUAGGAGCCUAAUCCUCGUCAUUAUUGGCUAUUAUUGGUUUCUGUGUCUUGAUCCAGUCUUUAGCAGCGCCCCUAAAAUAUUUCCGGGUUGAUAUUAGCCUUUGUUUAAGGUAGCCUACUUUUUGUAUCAUACUUGUCAUAUAAAAGAUGUUUUUGUGUACAUAAAUGUGAUGUAAAGGUCUGUUAGAAACUGUACUAAA